CAUGGUAAAACUAGAAAAGGAUGCAAAUUCACAAGAAUGGAAAGUUGGACAAAUUCCGUGCAUUAUCCACCGCAUCAUGGAAUUCAUCCCGGUCCCAACCCUUCUCCAAUUUACCCUGGUAAACUCCACGUGGGAAUAUGAAGCCAGGAACCACCUCCACUCUCGAACCAAGCUCCACCUCUACACCCCGGGGAAAUAUGAACCACAACUUUCCAAAACUAUCGCGAAUUACAUGAACAAACCAGAGCACCACGGAUACCCCAAAAAUCUAGACAUUAGCAUCGACAAACAAUCCAAUCUUACCCAAUUUCUCUCCGAAUUUGCCCAAUUUGCUGGAAAAUAUUCCAACUGGAUUCAACAUUUAAAAAUUGAUUGGACCUUGACCUCCGAAAAAUCGCAAUCUCACCAGUUCUUCGAAAUUUGUUCCACUUUCACGAAUCUAAAGUAUUUCGAGCUGUAUCCAUUCGACUUAUCGGGCAAGUGCUACGAUCCUGAGGUAGUGAGCACUUCUUUUCAAAAGGAUUUAAUUCCUGUCGAUAUUUUAUUCCCUAGCGUUCAAAUCCUUUCCUUGAAUUUGGGGUUAUGCCCAGGAUUUCACCGUGGGGACGAAACCCUAAAAGAAAAGCUGGUACGUGACAUUCUCCCCCGAUUUCCAAAUUUAAGAAAGGUCGCAGUAAAAGAUGACACUCCUCAGGGUGAAGAUGGCUCGACUGGCUGGUUUUCAGAUUUCACAAAUAUAUCAAGCUUCUCACUACGGGUAAACUUCUGGGGGACACGAGGGACACACGCGUUGACGAGGUACCUCCCGCCUAGAACUUUGACCCUGAAAUGUUUAGAGUUACAGGCAAUUUCUUUCUCGGUUACCCCCCUUUAUGAGCAAUUGAUCCACCGCUUUUCCCACUGUCUGGAACAAUUUCACCUAUUUUUGGUAAAUAUUUCAACCUCCGGGCAUAGCUUACUUUGUGACCCGUGUCCCCUCCAUAUUCCGAUCCUACCAAAACUCAAGGUUUUCAAGAUAUCUCGAUCCAGGAACGAAAAUGCGUGUAAACACUUUCUCGGAAUUAGGUUAACCUUUGAGACGGAGUGCUCGCAAUUCCCGCUCAAUUACGCGAAACAGUUUCCCUCUUUGUUAAAAGUACAGGUUUUUGAACCAAGCAAAAAAUGGCAGAGGUAUAUUAGUGAUCAGGAAUUUUUUGAAGGAGUGGUCCCAUUUUUGUAUGCAACUUUUUUGAAAGAGAAUAUUCCUGCGUGUCAAACUUUGAGAGAAUUUCGGUUUCCGGUUCCACUCAGGGCGAAGUUUCAACUGGGUUCGAUCGAUAGAAGUAAAAAGACUGCGGUGUGGGUGGAUAGCAGUGAAUAUUUUGCCAGGAUUAGGAAAACUUUUCCGGGCGUGGAUUACCACGUGGUGAACCCAGUUUGGAGUAAAGAAAGGAUAGAUAAAGUUGAGAGGUUGGUGAAAAUUGCGGUGGAUUUAGGGUUUUGUGAGGAAACUGUGAGUAAAGGGUUGAGGGAUGGGUGUUUGAUGGAUAAUAAUGUGCAAAUUUGAUUAAACGGGGCACGGGUAACUCGACGAAAUCAAUUGGACGACAGUAUAGCACCUCCUAACAAUUAGUAUCAGAUAAGCAAAACAAAUAACGCGUUGAAUUUGGAAAAUAUUAUUUUCGAAUGUUAACCCUUUCGACGAUUUGUCGUCUACGAGUUGUCCCUCAUUUUCAGUUAUCGUAGGUCCUGAUUAGGCAAACAAUUAUCAUCCCUAUAAAAAAUCGAUACUUGCAGAUGAAUCAUUUGAAAAACAGUACAAUAUAAUUUAGUGUCAGUCGGUAAAUAUGUACAUAAAACCAUGCAUAACUGUCCGAAAAAUAUUUAUUCAUUUAAUUUUCAUAAAAUUUCAACAUGGUAAAAUAUUGUUUCUUCAUUGUACAUGAGAGAUAUGCUUAAUUGUCCACGUAGUUCAAUACUUCGAUAAGUUUUAAAGUAAUUAAGCAUUUGUUGGUGGGGUCUGUUUUCUUUUGUAAUUUUUUGUAAAUUUUUGAAAGUACAGGGUGGUCCAAGAAGCUGUAUAAAAGUUUAAGCCACCCCAGUUCAAAGCGGGGAUAAUAAAAUUCAAAUUUCAAACCCAAAUCGUGGAGAGCAACUCAGAAAAUAGUUUUGUGAUUUUUUUUGUAAACCUAAUUUCAAAAGUGCUCCCACGAUGAUCAGGUGAAGGAGAGGUACCGGUGAAGGGCUGUUCCAGUCGAUUUUCACGGGAAACGUUAUAAAAAGAGCUUAAAGUAUGUUUCCAUGGAAUGAAUUUGCAAUUAAUUUAUAGAGUGGUACCUGGUAGACAUAUGCAAGGUAAAUCCAAGGGUCUAAUAUCAUUGUCACCACUGAGAAACUACCCAAUGCUAAAUGCCCGAAAAAGCUGAAAAUUUGGUUUAUCUGACUGAACCAACCACCAAGAUCCCUUAUCCCAACUCAGCACGGUCCAACGGUUAGCUUACAAUAAAUCAACUAUCCAGAGAACCAUUAAAACUGAUUUAGGAAAUAUCAUAACAAAAAUGACCUAAAGUAGGUCGACGCAUUGUGAGAAAUCAAACUUUUUUCCGCUUACUGCGGACAAAUCUCACAAGUGCGCAAAAACGGACGACGAUAAUUUUGGUUCUGCAGUCACACAAAAUCAAGACAUCCCUAGGUGGUUAUCAGACAUUGAUCGAUUGGAAUAUUAAAGAUGUUUCGUAGUGGAAUUACAGUUUUUACAUUUGACGAUUUACGAAUUUUCACGUACUUUGGAAUGCUUCAAAUAAAGAGUGAAAAUAAAACACCGUAGAAAAGUUCCUGGAAGUUUUUUUAUCCGGUAAAAAGCGAUAUAUUCUUGAAGAUAAGAACAAGGACUAUCACAUCCAGCAACUUUGGAACCCAUAAAGUUCCGCCUGCGGGCUAGAAAAAUUACGGAAUAUUUAUACAGCUUCUUGGACCACCCUCUGUAUUUACAUAUGUAAUCUAAUACUUAUUAAAACAUUUUACAUAAUCGUAUUUUUUUAUUUUUUGGAGUUUACAUUUGUCCACAAAA